CAAUCCUCAUCGUCUCCGCCGAGGGCGUCUCCGAUUAUAUCAUCACUGCGCGGACCAUUCGUCUUCGAGUGUUUAACUUCACCUUGCAGAUUUUACAAGAGAUAUUAGGGUUUAGGGAUUUCGGAAAUGUCACAGAGCAGCGGCGACAUCGGUCGAGGCGUGGCGUCCGGCGGUGACUUCUAUCUGCCGGACGAAGUCUUAUCCGUUAUUCCGACGGACCCGUACGAGCAGCUGGAUCUGGCCCGGAAGAUCACUUCAAUGGCGAUUGCGUCACGCGUGACGAAGCUCGAGUCGGAGGUGGGCCGGCUCCGUGGAAUGGUUCAUGAGAAGGACCGCGCUAUAACUGAGCUUGAGGAUAAAGUCUCAAACCUCGAGCAAGCCUAUCAGGAAUCCGAAUUGAGAUUGAAAAUCACCCGGGAAGAUAAUAUGAAGCUUUUGAAGGAGAGGGAUACACUGACAUUGACUGCAAAGAAGCUUGGUCGUGAUCUAGAAAAGCUGGAGACGUUCAAGAGACAAUUGAUGCAAUCUCUGAGCGAAGAUAAUUCAACUCUAUCAGAAGCUGUUGAUGUUGGGACUCGUGAUCAAAUAGCAGCUAAGGCAAAUCCUCCGAAAGGGAAUGCUGCUAAUGGCUACACCACACAAUAUGCCCUUAAUGGAUCUAAAGAGAAUGCAGGCAUAGCUGAUGAUGCAUCCAAACAAGCUCUUCAAAGAUUUGCAGUGACACCUUACAUAACUCCUCGGCUAACCCCAACUGGAACUCCAAAGGUAGCAUCUGCUAGUGUAUCUCCCAGGCGAUAUUCAGCGGCUGAAUCUCCCCAUAUACCAUCAGGCGCAACUUCACCUACAAGUUUUCAAUAUGAAGGACGGGGUUCAAUGUCGUCAUAUUUUCCAUCAAGCCAGCAAUCUUCAGCAGCAAACUCUCCUCCAAGAUCACGCCCUAUUUCAGGUCAAACUCCCAGAAUUGAUGGAAAGGAGUUUUUUCGUCAAGCAAGGAGCCGCCUAUCCUAUGAGCAGUUCAGUGCUUUUUUGGCAAACAUAAAGGAGUUAAAUGCUCAUAAGCAAUCUCGCGAGGAAACUUUGAGGAAAGCGGAAGAGAUAUUUGGGAAGGAUAACAAGGAUCUUUAUAUGCUAUUCCAAGGUUUACUUAACCGUAAUUCCCGAUAGGUUUGUAUCAGUAGCUAUAUAUAUAUAUAAAAUUACCCCCUUUCAUAUGGUGUGUGUAUUUAUAGGGCUUCAUAUUAUACUAGCAUUUGGCUUCCUUAGACACUCUUGUGUAUCCCUCAUUCUGCAAGCUUCUUAACCAAAAAAGAAAAACUUGUUAAGUUGCUUCCUAAGAGAUUCAUCAAUAUCAAUGAAUGAAGGCUAUAUAUAUGGGCUUCAUAGUAAAUUUUAACUUCAAUA